CUCUGGCUCAGGUGGUGACGUCACACAGUGUGGACGUCAACAAACUUCUGCCACCGACUGACACUCAGACCUGCCACAUUCAUUAUUACCUUUAUUACUUUAAUUACUUUAUCAAAAAAGGAAACGGUACUUGUCGACAUACCCAGACACCUGCCCAGUGGUCAUAAGAGGAGUCUUGUCGCCUGUAACGUACCUAGGAGUUAAUAAGCCCACUCGACGUGAGUGAAGAUGUCGGGAAGUUCAGUGUUGUACAGCGUGGUGGACUCAUGGGUGGGCAGCCUGACGAUAAAUCUUCUCUGCUACUCUACCGUAUUCAUUCCUGGCUAUUUUUUAAUUCAGUAUUUCAAGAAAUCUAAAUAUAUUGAAAGAGCAGGUUUGGGCACACUGUCCAAGUUGAUCACGUCAUGCGUAUACGGGCAGGGUUACGACAAGCUGGUGACGACGGACUUGCCACCAGCACCCAGAACUCCAGCACCAGAGCGGAGCAUGUCAAGCAAGUGUUUACAACUCAUUUUCUGCUUUCUGGGUCUUCAGGCUUCAUACCUUACGUGGGGCGUCCUGCAGGAGAAGAUUAUGACAAAGGAGUACCAGAGCUCAGAGGGCAACAUCGGCCACUUCAGGGACUCUCAGUUCUUGGUGUUUGUUAAUCGUAUAUUGGCGUUCCUGCUGGCGGCCACCUACCUCGGCUUCACCAGACAGCCUCGACACACAGCACCCAUCUACAAGUACUCCUAUUGCUCGUUUUCCAACAUCAUGAGCUCCUGGUGUCAGUACGAAGCCCUCAAGUAUGUCACCUUCCCUACACAGGUGUUGGCCAAAGCCUCAAAAAUUAUUCCUACUAUGAUAAUGGGCAAGAUUGUUAGUGAAAAGAAGUACGAGUAUUUUGAGUAUGUGACCGCUGUGCUCAUAUCAUUCGGCAUGACCAUGUUCCUGCUGGGGUCGACUGAAUCUAAAGGGAACUCGAGCAGCAGCACCACCUUGUCUGGGAUCAUCAUUCUCAUAGGUUACAUGUCAUUUGACGCCUUCACCUCCAAUUGGCAAGGGGAGCUCUUCUCUCAGCACAAGAUGUCUUCGGUUCAGAUGAUGUGCGGUGUUAACCUCUUCUCUUGCCUCUUCACCACGACAUCUCUGAUGCAGCAGGGAGGCUUCUCUACGUCUUUUAACUUCAUGCUUACCUAUCCAGCGUUUUUCUGGGACAGCCUCAUUCUUUCGAUUUGUUCCGCCACUGGCCAGUUGUUCAUCUACCACACCAUCUCCCUCUUUGGUCCUGUCGUCUUCAUCAUCAUCAUGACUAUACGUCAGGGUUUGGCCAUCCUCCUGUCAUGCCUCAUCUACUCUCAUCCUGUGAGUCUAAUGGGAGUGCUCGGGAUCUUCAUGGUGUUUAUGGCCAUCUUCCUACGCGUUUACUGUAGUCACCGGCUCAAGCAACUCCAACAACGGAGAGCCGGAGGAGACACGACCAAGGUCUAGGUUCCAUCACUGCCUUUGUGGUGGCGGCUUGAAGCUUCCCAAAAGUUAUGUGCCUGAAUAUUUGUAAUACCGUAGAGACGUGGUAGUUAAUGUAGCUUAUUCAACACUUGGUAUCUCUCAUAUUAUCUGAACGAAAGGUUUAUUUACUGCAUCUUUCUCUUGUGGGUCUUGAUAGGUAUCGAGGCUCACACGUGUCACACCUCCUUUUAUACAGUUUAUCUCCGUCAUUCGUAGAUAUUUGUUGUUGAAAUUUGGGCAUUAAUGAGUAUUAUGUGAAGAAAUUGCUUAAAAAUAUAUGGGCUUUUGUUCAGCUAGAGCCUUUGAUAAGUGUCAUGAGUGUGCGGUAUUUAUGGUUAAUGCCAUGACACAACAGGUAAGAGAUAUGGCUGAGAUGUAGUGACCAGAUAUCAUUAGUGUCCUAACCAUUUCUGCUUGUCAUGGCUUAGCUGGGACACACACACGUACACAAAACAACACACACACACACACACACACACA